AUGAAGCUCUACCUCAUUCGCCAUGGCGAAACGGUGGACAAUGUCGCUGGAGUCUACGCCGGCUCUCGCGACUCUGCCCUCACCAACCACGGCUUCGAACAAGCGAAGCGGCUAGGCUCCUACUUCGCCGAGAAUGAUGUGAAAUUCACCCACAUCUUUGCCUCUCCUCUUUCCCGCGCCUUCCGCACCGCUGGAGCGGUCAAGGAUGCUCAGACACAGCUCGCGGAGCCGGUCGACGGAGUGGAUAUUGUCAAAGUGCAAGAGCUGAUUGAGCGAGACUAUGGCGCAUAUGAGGGUCGGCCGUAUUCGACACGAUCGGAGUGGCAGAAGACGGGAAAGGAUGGGGUGGAGGAGAGUGGUGGUAGUGUGGAGAGCGUGCAGUCGAUGGCCAAGCGCAGUGACAGGUUCCUGGACGAACAUUUCCUGCCUUUGUUCGACGAGGAUCGACAUGAGGAAUACAUCGUGGCCAUUGUUGCUCACGGCAUGCUGUGCUCGCACUUGUGGAGGCGCUUGCUGCUUCGGCUACCAAGAAGGAGUCUGAAGAUCGCGCCCGAGAUCGUGGCGGCCCGCGGGAACAUUGUGCUGGAGCAUCUCGGCGGCUGGUCCAACACCGGCUACUUGGAGUUGUCCAUUCGGAGAGAGGCCGAGUCACGCCCCGAAGCGAAGCCCAUAUCAGACGGCUCUUACGAUGGUGACGAAUCGGCCAGUGCAACAACACUUUCCACACCCGUUCCGCCUCCUGUUCAAUCCGAAGGUGCCGAUGUCUCGCUCGCUCCGCCUAAGCCAUCCGAGCCUGCAAGCCCGAGGAAGAAGGACUCGCGGGAAUUAUCGGGCUACAGUACCACGAUCCUAGCCAUCGACAGCAAGCAACAUCUCGUCGGGCUGAAACGCCAACCGGGAGGAAUUGGCAGCUUGGCCAACGACAAGGGCCAAAAGAAGCUCGACACCUUUUUCAAGCGAGAGAAGGCCACUUGA